AUGGAACAGAAUGCAGAUAACAAGCCCGCUGCAGUCGAGAAGAAUUCGACGGUGGGGAUGGAUGUAGAUGCCGUCGACAAAGGGAAGAAAACGAUGAAGAAGCAGUCGAAGACGUUGAAGUUCGAUAAAUACAUCUAUGAGGUUCUGAAGCAGGUGCACCCUGAUAUUGCUAUAUCCGGAGAGGCCUUGGAUAUGAUGAACAAUAUCAUAAACAGGAUGAUGUUGAAGAUUUCUGAGGGAUCUGUGAAGUCUAUUAAUUUACGAAGUGGACCCUCAGCAAUCAAAGGUGUGGUGGGUCAGUAA